CAUUGAACAUAAUCAACGGCGAUCAGUCAUCGUUCGCGUUCCGAGCGCGUUGGUUCGCGUUACUUGCACGUAAACAAAAAUAGCAAUAAAUAAAACAAAAAGACACAAAACUACAAAUGUAAACAUAAAGUUAAACUACAUAAACUUACAUGGAUUAUUAUUAGUAUUAUUAGUUUUAUUAGUAUCAAAAGAAAAAAAGAAAAUAAAAAAUAAAUAAAAACAUGAAUGAUUAAAAGUGUGAAUAAUAAUUAAUUAUUAUCAUGAGUGAAUUAUAUUAGUAUAUUAGUGGUGGAUCAUGUUACAACUGGAUUAAUAUUAAAAUAAACAACUUCAUGAUCACUUCUCAUCAGUCCUGUUUGAUAUUUACUGGAAAAUAUAGUUUAAGACGUUAAAAUGUUCAUGCACACCACAAACUACGAGCUCAUCGUGAUAAUAGCGAUACCCAUCACUCUCAUAGUCCAGUUUUGGACACUUGUAAUCUUCCACAAGAACAAAUCCAGAUGGCGCUCUUAUGACAUCCCUAUCGUCGCAAUUCUCGUCGAAUCCACGCUGCGUAAUCUCGCCGUUGCAACUUACAUAGCCCUACAAAAAAUCGAUGCUGCUCAUCGUCCUGCUUUCGACUAUUGUGACAUCUUUGCCUGGACAUUUAACUCCGCCCACACCUUCCACGCCAGUUGUUUGGCCACCCUGAGUGUCAUCGGCGUGUUUUCCGUGAAACUCUUCGGAAAACAAGAGAAUCUCCGGCAAUAUUUAACACCAACGCAUGUCAUUUACCACCUGUUUUGUUUAACCACUCUCUGCGCAUGCGUAGGCGUGGCGGCCAUCUUGGCAAAACCGGAAACAUAUGAAUUCACCGCUACUUUUGAUCUAAACACCUUCAAAGAGUGUGAUUUGUUGCCUUAUCAGUUGGAUAUCAAGUAUAAUGCAUUUAUUAUCAUCCUGCAUACUUUUCUGGCAUUGAUCGGCGUGAUUUCUUUAUUCUACGCAUGCGUGGUUUAUAUUAAAGUGAAGAGGAGAGGUGGUUUUGACUACAGGAAGAAAUCGACGAGUGAUUUGAGUGAGUUGAGCUUGUCAACGGCCACGAAUCGUACUGAUAAGAGUUAUUAUGAUACGUACACGAUUCAUCGGAAUAACAAUGGGUUUGGGUAUGAUGGUGCGUAUUCUACGAUGUGGAAGAGUGACUUCUCGCAAGUGAGCACUACGGUUAGCUCGACGAAUAGUCGACGGCCUCUGAAUGCUAUCAAGGAGAGGAAGAAGGACGAGUAUAAUGGCACUGGAUUGGAGACUAUCAAUCCUAUCUUGAUUGUGUGCUACUUGUUUUAUCAUUAUCCUGUAAUCGCAUUGUGUAUAUUCCCAAGUUUAAUCACUCCAUGGCCGAUCAGUAGCGUGAUUUUGUGGUUAGGUUUACUACAAGAUCUUUUAAUACCGAUUUCCUUGGGGAUUGUUGAUUCAAGAUUCAAUAAUUGGGUGUCACGGGUCUACAGAUGCACAGAGAAGCGACACAUUGAAGGAAAACUCCCUCAUAUGGGUUUAGAUGGAAAAUUCCGCCAUUUUUCAACCUCUCAACCACAGAGUCUUGAAAUCAACCAGAUGCAUCCCCUGAGAUGUUACCCAACAACCACAACAACAAAUUCUAAUAAUAUAAACAACCUAAACAUAAAUUCGAUGAAUUCCACGACUGAAACAGCUCAUAAAUUCCCGAUUACGAAUGGUUCUUUAUAUACAAGUAUCGAUGGACGUGUUCCUGUCAUACAUAACUACAGAAGACAUCAUAAUGAUCAACGAAACAACACAACAGUUGGAAUUAACGCUAUAAACUUAAAUUUACACUCUGCUAAUUUGCAAUCAAGACCUAGAAUGCAGGAAUUGAAAGAGAAUCGUUUAGUAAAUAACAAUUUCUGUCAAAACUAUUCAUUUCCUAGUGUUAAUGUUAAAUCUCUGCCUUCUUCGUCUAAUUCUUCGAUGAACAACGAAUUAUUACAUCAGAAUCAUUACCAACUACCGCAUCAACAUCUACAGCAACCCACACAGCAUAAUCAUGGAUUAUUAAAGCCUUAUCUUAAGCAUGUGAGCUUAAGUCAGAAUUCUCUACGUCAGAUACCUUUAGGUAAUGAAGAAGCAACGAAAAUCCGCUCUAAAAGUUAUGAAUCUUUGAAUGAGUUAACCACUGAGAGUAAAUCAUCACAGGAAAGGCUGCAGUUGAAGCCUGGACAACAUUCUGAUGAUGAAGAUGAUGAAUAUCAGGAUUAUGACAGUUCAUCUUCUUCGUUUUCUAUCACGACUGAAGCCAAUGGAGAUUUUGAGUUUUUCCAUAAAACUACAAACAAUACAAAUGUUAAUCAACUACCAGAUACAAGAAAAUUUACUCGUGGAGAGUUUAGAGCUUCAGAGAAUAAAAAUAACUUGAAUGAAUUCAAGAUAAAGAGGUCUAAUUCAAAGAGAUCACUGGAAAACCUGCAGGCUUAUAUAGAUGAGGAUUAUUUUAGUCAGCAGGAGACUUUGCAGCGGAGUUGUUCGAUGAUGAGUGCUGAGAAGUCGUUGUCUGCUGAGUUUUUGAAUGAGAAUGCCCGAGAAGCUAACUUUUUGGACGUUGAAUGGAGUCCUGUGAAAGGAUAUGCGAAUGCAAGUCAUAAUCAAGGUCAAUUGCAUGCUAAUCAUAAUCAUAAUCACCAGUUCUAUGCUGGGAGUGUACCAGACUUGAAGAAGAUUUUCAUUUCGGAAUAUCUUUAAGGUAAAGCUGUUUUUUGUUUGUAUUACUGCCAAAUAUUGGAGGUUAUGACCAAUUAUUACCCAAUACCCUAAUCAUGUAUAGACUAUAUUUAACAUUUUCGUAUGUUGUAAUAAUUAUAAGUUGUAUGUGGGUCAUAUUGACUUGUCCGUGGAUGUUUAUUGAUAGUUUUCACAUUUCUCAUAAUUGUAGUGUGUAUUUAAACGUUUUUGUAAUGUUUUUGUAACGUUUGCCGUUUUGAUGUUGAAUGUUUUUUAUGUGUAAAUAAUUAGAGAGUAGAGUAGAAAUGUUUGUAUAUUGUUGUUUUGCAAGGAAUGUACAAGAUGUUAACAUGUGUUACGAAUAUAACUUUAUAUGCAGUAUA